AUGUCUCGGCAGAGAAACCGCCCAAACAACCGACGUGGGCUUGUUCCUCUCGGCCCCCGCGACAGAAGUUUCUCCCUGAGCCGAUCUGCUGGCAAUCAAGUAUCCAGAGGCGCGCAGACUGUCGAAACAGGAAACCCGCUCCUGUUUGGUCCAACCAGCGCCGUCGAUGAUAUGAAUAUCGACCCGACGCGCUUUGCCGAGUGCCGACGUCAGGGAAUGACAGUUGCGAGCCUGGAAACCACCGCCAAGAAGGGAUCGAUUGCCUCCUCGAGGCGUGUGCCUCGUGAUCUCUUCACUACUCGCAAAGCGCCUACAAAGGAGGUGCAACAGGCUCAAGAGGUGCCGCAGACUGCACCCUCGAGGCCCAAGUAUGCUGGAUGUGGCUCCAGAACCCACACCCUCGCCUGGUAUUUCCAAUGCGAUGACAGGGGAAUGAUGGAAGGCUGCCCCCGCUGUAACACGUUGAGCCAUGGGGCCAACAACUGCGGUUUCCACACCAAUGCGCGCGAAGUUGUCAGCGAUCUACUAUACAGUCGUGCCAACAUGCCUCCUUUCAGUGGGAGACCUUGGUUCCUUGUCUUCGAGGACUACAUCAAGGGCAAGGAGAGCCCGCCCAUUCCCCAGGCGUUCCCCUGGUCCCCAGCCUUCGCCCUGGAGAAGCGAGCAGAGAUCACCAAGCUGCAAGCAGAAUUGGACGCUCACAGGGACCGCAGCAAGUUGCCCGUGGACCCCUCUACUAAGGACUGGGUAACCAUUCAGACAAUAGUGGUCUUCAAAAAGGAUCCGGAAAGUCACCCCCUACACUGA